UUUCCCAUGUCACGUUGUAUGCUUUACUGUGUACAACGUGCCUGAUGACUAUCUUCACGCUCGCUGAUGGCUCGUGCACGCAUCUCUUCGUUAUGAGAAUUCUCUUUUUCUUCAAAUGCAGCGAUAGCCAAGUUCUUAGCUGCAAACGGUCAUGACGUAGGCGUGCACGCCAUUCGCCGAUCACCUUUCUGCUUGUCACAAUUGACCGCACCCUGGAAGCUCAAACGCUACUAGAAGCCUCAUUCUCGAAAUCCAAUUUUACUUGGGGACUCGCUAAGGUUUUGGACAAUGGCCUGGGAUGCUAUAUAAAAGAGGAUGGUACCCUUCCAGUGGCUCACCCAGCUAUUCUCUCCCAUCUUGUCCUUCAUCAUGCCGUCAGAACCUGACCGCGACACUAUGAUUAUCUUCGCUUCGGAACUUCAGCAGCGCUCGACGGACGCUACUUCCUUGCUCAAUUCUCUCGUGCAGCGUUAUGAUUUCUUGUUGCAGGGAGUAGGGAAUAUUCAUGUCGAGCGGGUCGAAUACCGUAAAUCUCAGCGACCUGGUAGUCCUCUGGAGCACGAAUACCUGGUGGUGACGGUGAAGGAAUCGUCGGGAGCUGAGCGAAGAGGGUACCUCAUGGUGGACAGGCUGAAUAGCGACUCUUCGGUGGACGCCGCUAGCCUGAAUCGUACAGCUGACGCUGAGGAAAGGCUUUCGACGUCGUCUUCCUCAACUACCACAGCUGACCCCUCUGGCCAAUGGGAAACCACGAAUCGUAUCCACCGCGCCGGCGCCAAACUCAAACGAAUCAGCAAAUGGCAACCUUCUGCCGCCCUCGACAGAGUCAUCAUCUUGCGCAACACCAGCGAAGCUUUCGAUGAACAGGGCCAGUGCCCCUUCGACAUACUCAUGACAAUGGACCUCCGCCCCGCACAACGACGCGUCACCCUCGAGCACUUUCUUCUCCUCAUCAAGACCACCUCGAAUAAUACCCCCUUUGCUACUGGUUUGCCUACACUAUUUGGAGGGUUUCUCGAGCUGGAGACUAGGGCGCGUGUUGAGCGGACGAGCGAGGCCCGGCGCCAGGGCACCCAUUCGUACUUGGGCCGGAACUUGGUUGUGGGGAGAGGGGAUGGUGUGAAUGAGGGGAGGACGCCGGAGACGAUAAGGUCGCAGUGGGAAGCAGUGAGGGUUGUUGAGGACCAGACGUGGGCUGCGUUGCAACAGGAGGUUCUUGCUCCAGUCAUGGCCCUUGAAGAGGAGCGCGCUGGUCGCCGACAGGCUGAGCAGGUUGCCUCACGGACUGAGCAAGCCCUUCAACAGGAACGGGCUGCUCGCCAAUGGGCAGAGGCUGAGGUCAGCCAGUUUCGAGCGGCGUUGGCGAGCUUUCAGCACCCUGCCAGUGCUGUGUCUUUGAAUGUCUAAUAAUGUCUUUUCACCCAACCAUUUCAUGUAAUACUACCUACUGUCUUGCUUGCUGUCUGCUUUCGAUGUACUUCUGUGCUUUAUCUUGUUUUCUGCAAUGCAUACUUGUUUCUUGACCACUUGACCGACGCUUAUUCUCAUGGUUAAUUGACUAUAUACCGAAUUUCGUUCGAUAUCGAUACCGCAUUUGAUUUCCUCAUAAGCGCUAGCCCGAGAUCUUUGGAGUAACGAUAAGGGCGGCUGCUUGCCGUUGUAUAAGUAAGUACUGAUCUUUCUCACCUGUUUCAUGCGGUAAACAACCUACGCACGUAUCGGUUGUAUUCUUAUAUGC